AGCUCAUCUCAACUGAAGAUCUAAUCAAAUGCUGGUUAGAGUUUGGACUGAUCUCUUGUUUUGAUUCUUUAUCUGAAGCUUACAUGCAUGGAUGUUAUAUCCUUGAAAUCCUGGAGGAAGCAAGUUUGGUAGUAACUCAUGAUAAUAAAAGGGUAGCUAAGGUACAUGAAGUAAUACAUGAAAUGGCUCAAUGGAUAGCCUCAAGAGCUGGGGGUGGUAGCCACAAGCCAUGGUUUGUUAGACAAAACAUUACCUCAGAACAAUUGUCAUCGGAGGAGGUGGAGGCAUGGUUUCAGCUGGAACGGGUGUCAAUAGUUAACUGUAAUCUAAAUUGUUUGCCCGAGUUGCAGUUUGAGUGCCCAAGUCUCUUGAGUUUGAACAUUCAACAUAAUCGGGGGUUGAAAAAUCUACCAAAAAUCUUUUUCCAGCAAAUGUCAAAUCUCGCAUACUUGAAUCUAUCUUUUACAGGAAUCCACGAGUUUCCAGCCUCAAUCAUGGAUUUGUGUAAUCUUGAGUUUCUCGACAUAUCAUGCACAAGAAUCAAUUCACUUCCAAACAAGCUAGGAAAUUUGAAAAAACUGAAAUAUCUUUUCUGUGGAUAUCUGUUUCUAGGUGAAUUACAAGUUGAGCUCUUGUCAAGUUUGCAUAGCCUGCAGGUGCUUGAUGUCUAUCCAUAUGGGUAUGUAGAAUCAAAAGGAUUGUUUAUAUUGAGAAAGAGAGGUGUUAAAGGUAUAGGGAUGUGUGUAUCUUCUAAUUAUAUCCUAGAACGACUCUCCAACUUGCCAAUCGUCAACAUUAAUAUUAAAUAUAUUAAUGGCUUGUCGACACUUCACUUCAGUAGUUUAACAAGUGAAGAGCAUGGGGGCCCGAAGGAGCUACAAAUUAGUUUUUCCGUUGCCAUUCAAAACCUUGUGAUUAAUAAUAGAAUUAAAACAAGUCUCAAGCUUCUUAGAUUAUAUCAGCUCCAAAAUUUGCGAAGCUUUGUCUGGACAAUUGAGCCGAAAGAAGUUUUUCCAAUGCUUCAAAUUGUCCAAAUUGAAGCAUGCUUUAGUUUGACAAGUCUUCAUUGGGUCUUCCAUCUCCCGCUCCUUCAUGCUUUAUUAUUACAAGAUUGUUAUAAGAUGAAAGAGCUAGUAAAUGAAGAGGAGAGAGAAAACAAAGAAGAUGAUGCCAUCACUACUUUCCCCAAACUAAAGUAUCUGAAAAUAGUUCGUUUACCAAAACUAGUGGAAAUAAGCAGUUGUGCAAUAGAUUUCCCUCAUCUUUCAAAGGUUCACUUGGAGGACUGUCCAAAUUUGAAGAGGCUUCCAUUCAAACCGGACAUUGUUAGCAACCAAGGCCUAUUGAUUAAAUGUGAAAGGAAAUGGUGGGAGAGAUUAGAGUGGGAUGAUGCCAAUGUUCAUUCUCAAUUCUGCUCAAAUAGCACAGAAGAUGAAGAAAUUGCAGAAUUUUUUGUUGGCAAUGUUCCCAUGGAAGACGAAGAAAUUGCAGAAUCUUUUGUUGGCAAUGUUCCCGAAUUUGGUCAUAAAGACCUUCCAAGGAAAUUUGGGCGUCACGAGGUUUUGCGGGAUUAUGUGCCACUGUGGGGAUCCGUUUCAAUCUGCGGGAAAAGGCCGCAAAUGGAAGAUGCGGUGAUGACGGUGCCCCGGUUCUUUCACAUUCCGAUGACGAUGCUACCUGCUGACCUUGUUGUGGAUGGCAUCAUCCCUGAUUUGAUAUCUCUGUCUGGUCAUUUCUUUGGAGUUUAUGAUGGGCAUGGUGGAUCUCAGGUUGCUAACUAUUGCCGGGAGCGUCUCCAUCUGGCAUUGGUUGAAGAGUUGAAAAAUAUUGGAACAAGCACCGGGGAUGAUUGGCAGAAACAGUGGGAGAAGGCCUUCAUCAAUUGUUUUCUCAAGGUUGAUGAUGAGGUUUGUGGGAAAGUCAGUAGAGGCGCUGCCGGAAGCACAAGUGAUGUAUCUGGGGAAAUUAGUAUUAGUCUGGUUUCUGGUUCUGCUGGCAUGUCAGAACCCGUUGCCCCAGAGAAUGUGGGAUCUACUGCUCUGGUUGCUGUUAUUUGUUCAUCUCACAUUAUCAUUGCGAAUUGUGGGGACUCUAGGGCAGUCCUCUGUCGUGGGGAACAACCAGUGGCUUUAUCUAACGAUCAUAAACCAAACAGGGAGGACGAGUAUGCUAGAAUUGAAGCUGAGGGAGGUGAGGUUGUUAUUCAUUCUGAUAGAUACUGUGUCUGUGGAGUGCUGCCAGUGUCAAGAUCAAUUGGGUGCAAGUACUUGAAACCAUGGAUCAUUCCUGACCCAGAAAUCACGGUUGUUGAAAGAGCAAGGGAAGAUGAAUGCCUAAUUCUGGCUAGUGAUGGCUUAUGGGAUGUCAUGUCCAGUGAGGAAGUAUGCGAUGCAGCCCGCAGACGGAUUCUGCUCUGGCACAAGAAGAGUGCUGGUACCACUGCCACGCCGUCUCGCAUCCAAAAGAGUGAGGAAGCUGAUUCUGCUGCUCAAGCCGCUGCUGACUAUCUCUCCUAUCUUGCCAUGGAAAAGGGUAGCAUGGAUAAUAUCACGGUCAUCGUAGUGGACUUGAAAGCCAGGAGGAGGAAGUUGGUCAGCGGUUGGACCUGAAAACUGUUUGUUGUUGUUGUUGUUGUUGUUGUUGUUGUUGUUGUUGUUGUUGCUGUCGUUGUUGGGUUCUUGAGAUUAUCCUUCUUAAUUUGUACAUAUUUUAUAGUCCUGCAUUCUGCAACUUCAUGUGCAAUUGUUGCCUUGUGUAGAGCUCUCAAAUGUAUCACAAAACAUGCUUGGAUUUCUUUAUCUAUGUACCGGCAAAGAUGCAAUACCAGCACCUCUUUUAUAUCA